CUGCCGGGGCCGCUGCUGACAACAAGAUGGCGGCGGCGGCGGCGAGUCCGGCGGGCGCCGAGAGCCGCGUCUUGGGCUACAGCCUGCACCGCUGGAGCAGCUUCUCCUCCACGUACCUGCCCGAGAAUAUCUUGGUGGAUAAGCCAAAUGAUCAGUCCUCAAGGUGGUCUUCAGAGAGCAAUUAUCCCCCCCAGUAUUUGAUUCUGAAACUUGAAAGACCUGCCAUAGUCCAGAGCAUCACAUUUGGCAAAUAUGAGAAAACACAUGUCUGCAAUUUAAAGAAGUUUAAGGUUUUCGGUGGGAUGAAUGAGGAGAACAUGACAGAUCUCUUAUCCAGUGGCUUAAAGAAUGAUUAUAACAAAGAAACAUUCACCUUGAAGCAUAAAAUUGAUGAACAGAUGUUCCCCUGUCGAUUCAUUAAGAUAGUUCCGCUCUUGUCCUGGGGGCCUAGCUUCAAUUUUAGUAUCUGGUAUGUUGAACUUAAUGGCAUUGAUGAUCCAGAUGUGGUCCAGCCAUGCCUCAACUGGUACAGCAAGUACCGUGAACAGGAAGCCAUUCGCCUUUGCCUAAAGCAUUUUCGGCAGCACAACUACACCGAGGCUUUCGAGUCGCUGCAGAAGAAAACCAAGAUUGCUCUGGAGCACCCCAUGCUGACAGACCUCCACGACAAGCUGGUGUUGAAGGGAGACUUUGAUGCCUGUGAAGAACUGAUAGAAAAAGCUGUGAACGAUGGCUUAUUCAAUCAGUAUAUCAGUCAGCAAGAGUACAAACCUCGCUGGGGGCAGAUUAUCCCCAAAAGCACCAAAGGUGAUGGGGAAGACAGUCGACCAGGGAUGAGAGGUGGCCAUCAGAUGGUUAUAGAUGUGCAGACAGAAACUGUUUAUUUGUUUGGUGGCUGGGAUGGAACUCAGGAUCUGGCUGACUUCUGGGCGUACAGUGUGAAGGAAAACCAGUGGACCUGCAUAUCCAGGGAUACUGAGAAAGAGAGUGGUCCCAGUGCCAGAUCUUGUCACAAGAUGUGCAUUGACAUCCAGCGAAGGCAGAUCUACACGCUGGGCCGUUAUCUGGAUUCCUCUGUGAGGAACAGCAAGUCCCUGAAAAGUGACUUCUAUCGCUACGACAUUGACACCAACACUUGGAUGUUACUGAGUGAGGACACUGCCGCUGAUGGAGGCCCCAAGCUGGUGUUUGAUCAUCAGAUGUGUAUGGAUUCUGAAAAACACAUGAUCUACACCUUUGGAGGCCGAAUCCUGACCUGCAAUGGCAGUGUGGAUGACAGCAGAGCCAGUGAGCCACAGUUCAGCGGGUUGUUUGCCUUCGACUGCCAGUGUCAGACGUGGAAACUUCUGCGAGAGGAUUCCUGCAAUGCUGGACCCGAGGAUAUCCAGUCCCGGAUAGGACACUGUAUGUUGUUCCACUCUAAAAAUCGCUGCUUGUACGUGUUUGGUGGCCAGAGAUCAAAGACUUACUUGAAUGACUUCUUCAGUUACGAUGUGGACAGUGACCACGUGGACAUUAUAUCCGAUGGCACCAAGAAAGAUUCAGGGAUGGUUCCAAUGACAGGUUUCACUCAAAGGGCCACCAUUGAUCCGGAACUGAACGAAAUCCAUGUCUUGUCAGGGCUCAGUAAAGACAAGGAGAAGCGGGAAGAGAAUGUGAGGAAUUCAUUCUGGAUUUAUGACAUUGUGAGGAACAGCUGGUCAUGUGUCUAUAAGAAUGACCAAGCAGCAAAAGAGAAUCCAGGUAAAAGCCUUCAGGAGGAGGAGCCCUGCCCAAGGUUUGCCCAUCAGCUGGUGUACGAUGAGUUGCACAAGGUUCAUUACUUAUUUGGAGGCAAUCCUGGUAAAUCCUGCUCUCCAAAGAUGAGAUUAGAUGAUUUCUGGUCUCUGAAGCUCUGUCGACCUUCAAAGGAAUACCUGUUAAGACACUGCAAAUACCUCAUAAGAAAGCACAGGUUUGAAGAAAAAGCUCAGACUGACCCUCUUAGUGCACUGAAGUACCUGCAGAAUGACCUGUAUGUGACUGUGGAUCACUCGGACCCCGAGGAGACAAAAGAGUUUCAGCUUCUUGCCUCAGCAUUAUUUAAGUCUGGCUCGGAUUUCACGACUCUUGGAUUUUCAGACGUUGACCACACGUAUGCCCAGAGAACUCAGCUGUUUGACACGCUAGUCAACUUCUUUCCAGACAACAUGACCCCUCCUAAAGGCAACCUGGUGGACCUCAUCACGCUGUAACGGAGCAAUCACUGGACACGUGGCAGAGGAAGAGAGCAUCCAUUUUCAGUAUUUUAAUUUUUUUACUGCAUUGAUUGACUGCUGGGAUGAAGUUAAUAUAGUAACCCCGAGGUGUUUGAAAGGGGUUUUAUACUUGUAUGGUGAAUCCCUGGAGCUUUUCCCUUGGAGUAGGUUAAUAAAAUGUAACUGACGUACUUCUGACUAAAUAUA